UGGGGAGCAGUCACACUGAGUCUGCAGGUCUGCCUUCGAGAGCAGACCUGAAAAAUCACCUGUAGGCAAUGGUUCCUGAAAUAUCUCCUUUGUAAAGUGAAAGCAAGUAUCAACCCUUAAAGACUGCAGCUGUGCCACAGUGGGCUGUGAUUUAAUCAGCACAUCUGUUUGAACUGAGAGAUUGCAGAGAAAAACCUGUGAAAUGGAUCUACUAACUGCAAUAAUUUUCCUGGCUGCUUUGCUGCACCAAUCUGAUGGGCAGGAUGUAAAGUAUAAACAAGUGGACGUUUCCGCCAUUACUCAUUUUUCAUUUCAAAACCAAAAAGAGAUCCUUGAGCAACACAAUGAAAUACGGAGAUCUGUAAUUCCCACAGCCAGGAACAUGCUGAAGAUGGUGUGGAGUGAGAAUGCUGCCAGAAAUGCUCAGAAAUGGGCAAAUAGGUGUGAGAUGAAAAUCAGCCCAAAAGAUCAGAGAAUCAUUAAUGGUGUCACCUGUGGUGAGAAUGUAUUACUAUCAUCUUACCCAAGAACAUGGUCUGAAGUAAUUCAAGUCUGGAACAGUCAGUCCUCCAAUUUCAAGUAUGGAUAUGGAGCAGUCACAAAAAAUGUCAAUAUCGAGAGCUAUACCCAGCUAAUCUGGUAUAACAGUUACCAGGUUGGAUGUGCAGUUGCCUACUGUCCUAUGAACCCCUUCAACUACUUUUAUGUUUGCCAAUACUGUCCUCCAGGAAAUAAUGCAAUGCAAAUAGCUACACCUUACAGAAGUGGACCAAAAUGUGCAGAAUGUCCUGGCCACUGUGACAGAGGACUUUGCACCAACCCUUGCAAGUAUCAAGACUUCUUUGGAAACUGCAGAAAUCUGAAGAUGUUGUUUAGUUGUAACCAUUCACUGGUGAAGGCGAAGUGUCCUGCCACCUGUGGCUGCACCACUCAAAUCAUAUAAUAUCCUGGUGGAUGUCAUUAUAGCUGCUGUGAGACUUAUUAGGAAAGAGCUCACUGUGAAGUGUAUUCACUCUCAGUGUAUCAGCUCAUAUUGACCUAUAGGUGACAUUUUUUUCUGGUAUCUCACCAUUACUUCAGUCCUAAACAAGUAUAGUAGCUCAAAAUAAUCUCUGAUGUUAUUUUAGGCUUUGUAGAAAUCACACUUAAGCUACUGAUGUGU